CUCAGCACCAUCCAACCCACAACACACUAGCCAUUACCUCAUAACCACCUCACCAACACCCUAUCUCAAUAUGAAGUCCUUCGCCAUUACCAGUGUUCUCCUCUUUCUGGCCGGAGGUGCCAUGGCCAGGAACUGCACCCCGGGUUUGAAUUACUGCGGAAGCACCCUCAACAACAUCGGCAAUUACCAGGGCCAGAUCGACCAGGCUCUCCAUGAUGCAGGUCGGGCGAAUGGUGGCUCGGAUGACCUCUUCCACUGCGUUGGCGGCGAUAGCGGCGUCAUCGACUGGAUCGGGUAUUGCCCGAAUGGCUGCAGGGACAACGGCAAGGACGUGAGCGACUCCUGCAACUAGGCUUGAUCCUGGUACCUUGGGUACUCAACAGUCGACUUGACUGAUGGGGAAAGCAUUUGGAACGACGCGUCGAUUGGAAGGCUUACAUUCGUUUGGAG